AUGAGCAAUUUUUCCCGAUUUAAAUCACGCAUUUGUAAACCAGUAGCUCGAAAAAAGUUACACAUUUUUUGCGACGAACAGAGCUAUGCUGAUAAUUUAACUCGCCUGUAUAUAUACAAUGAGCUGAAUGGAAAAAACAGGAACGAGAAAGGCGCAUAUAGAGAAAAUAUAAAUAAAUAUGUGGGGAAAGUGUCAGCACAUUUAAAUAUUAACAAAGGAAAUGGUAACAUCAUAUUUUCCGUUCCCACUUUUUUGGAUAUUUUUUUCUUUAAUUAUUUCAAAUUUAAUCACAAGGCGAAAUUAGUUUUUCUGUACAGCGUUCUCAACAUUAAGACGCAAGAAAAAGCUCUACUCCAUCUGAAGCAAGAACAAAAUGAAAAGAAAAAAAAAAAAAUUUUAACACACUUGUGCGAAAUUCUUUUAAACUUCGACACCAACUAUGUACAGGAGAUACGUCUAAAGUACAUAAAUAAAUUUUAUCAGUCAAACGAUAGGGAAAAUAAAGGCCUCACGAAUCAACAGCAAAAGGUUAAUUAUCACCACCACGCCAUUAUCCCUCUAAGUAAUAGAAAAACCUUCAUACAGCACAUAGUAAACCAAACACAGAAUUUAAAAGAUUUGUCAAUUCUUAUUUGCAUUAUAAGAAAAGCAUCUUCGUUCCACACGUUCGAGUGCUCCAAAAUAUUAGACGCCCUGUUGAGAAAGGUUUAUUCACAUAUUAACAAUUUCUCCGUGACAUUGAAACCCAACUAUGCAUGCAGUUUGAGGAACUCCGAAUUUCUAUCCCUAAUAGAUAAGAGUAAAAUAGAACAAACCAAAACGGUAAAGAUACGGGACCUUCUUUAUUCCUUCUACCAACUUGUCUACCUUCAGCCGGGACAGAAAAUCCAAUUUAUUUUUUUAAAAAUUCUGGCUAUCCUUGGCAACAAUUGCGCGCAGCUUGGAAAGGACGACCAAGGCGUCUGGGGGGAAGCAGCAAACGAAACGAAUGCUAACGAAGCAAAUACGAACCCUGCGAAUACGAACCCUGCAAAUACGAACCGUGCAAAUGCGAACCCUGCAAAUGCGAACCCUGCAAAUACGAACCCGGCGACUACUCACUCCCCCGCGCAUAAUCUCUUCCUCUCGAACAAGGAUAUCGAACAACUCUUCUUCCUCCUCACUAAGAAUCUACACCUGAACGGCUACUUUAUGCACCCCCUAGUUAUGCUCUUCUAUGUGAAGCUGUUCGGGUUAACUCCCACAAUCACCUACUUUAAAAAAUUAAUUAAAAAAAACGAUCGAGCAAGUUGUUCCUUCUGCCCAAUUUCUAUGUUCCCAGAAAGUUCACAAACCUACCUCAAUUUUUUAAAAAAAACAGAUGUCCAAAAUUACUUCCACACCUUCUAUCAAACGGUGUGCAUCAAAUAUUUGUUAAAAAGAAAAAUAAAUUUCUGUGAACAUGUGAAUAAUUUCGACCAUUCUGUAUGCACAGGUAUGAUCCAUUCACCCCGUCUCAGCCAUUUUGUAUUUUACCAAAGGAUAGUUAACAAAAUAAUUGCCCGGUCUUUUUAUCUUUAUCAAGCGAAAAUCAAUCCAAAGGGAAAAUACGCUCACAAAUGGAUACACACAAUUACAAGCAGUGCACGUCAAAAAUAUAUAAACAAUUACAUCUACGACUUUACCAAUUGUAAGUUUUUUUAUUUAAUUUACAUCAGAGCAAUAAUUCGAGGUAGGAGAGCAGGGAAGAUAGUCGGAAAGUUCGCACCACGUGGUCUGCGUGGGAAGGAGGCAGCACAGAAUUUAUCAACCCUAGCUGUAUCUUAG